CUCUUGACGAUGAUCUUGGCACUGAGAUAUUUCAAGUAUCACAUCAGCAUCACCUGGGAUGCUACAUAACCACCGGGUUAUCAAUUGCCCUCUGUGUUUAUUGAUUCUGGGGAUUAUCGAGUAUUUGGAAGAAUCUUGUACUGCGCAUGUGCUGUUGAUUUUACCGGUCGGUGGAGCUGUUUGAAUUCCACGAAUUGGCGGGCUCCACUGCCGGCCGGUGCUGUUUACUCACUGGCUCUAGGUCGGCAGAACGCACUCCCCUCCCGCCCCAGACUCCGGAAUCAGGAGUGGAGUCAGGUUAUUUCGUCAUUGGGUGAGUUUUUAUUUGGAUUUUCCAAUUUUAUUGGCAUUUUCCUUGAACGUCUGGGAGAUGCUCUUCUGGGUGUCCUGUGGCUGAUGAAUUGGUGAGUGGAAAUGUUGAAGGUACCUUCGCUUCAUGACUUCGAACCUCCACCGGAGGACGGAAAGGCAACAGCGGGGAUUAUUGAGGGAAAAAGUGUUUUCUGCGAGAGGAGAUGUCUCCAGGACGAGACUCAGCCGUUCUUCAGGUACAUCAGAGGGUGCCCGGACGUCAAUGUUACACCGGAGACGCUGGCAACGAGGGAAUCUGCACGGACCAUUGCUGCUGCUGAUUUGUUUCUCACGGUUGAGGACAGUGCUUUUAAAAAAAUUGCUAAUGUUUGGAGGGAGAAGGGGACAGUCGGGGCUAUCAGAGCCGCUGCUGGGGAGGAUCCUGAGAGGAUCAGCAGGGUUGUGCACUGGGUGGCUACCAGGAUCACCUCGAUUCUGGAUUUCGUGGAGAGGAAGACGUCCUAUGAGGGGAUACCCUCCGUUGGGUCUGGAUCUGUGGCGGAUAUCGCUGGGACUAGGGAUUGGACAACUGCUCUGAUUCGAUGCUUAGCGUGGCAUCCCCACUGUGUCCGUCUGGCUCUAGCCACUCGUGACGAUCGCAUUCGCAUAUACUCGAGUGAAAUUCAGGGUGUAGCAGUGCUGAGACACUCGGCUCAAAAAUCAGUAUGUUCUAUGAGCUGGCGGCCAAAUGCUGGACGUGAAUUGGCAGCUGCCUGUGGCUCUGGUGUACUCGUAUGGACGGUUGAACUCGGCGCUGCCAGUAAUUCACUGUCACAUGCCAUACUUCUGAGACAAAGGAAUCAUGCGCCUGUUACGAGUGUCAAUUGGCAUCCACAGGGGGAUUUAUUAGUUUCCUGUUCACCCAAUGAUUUUAAUAUGAUUGUUUGGGAUGUUGCGAAGGAGGUGGGAGUACCACUCAGGCGAGUUGGUGGGGGAGGAUUGUGCUUCACUAAAUGGUCAAUUUGUGGGAGUAAACUACUUGCUGCCACUUGUCGCAACGUUUUUCGGGUAUGGAAUACUGGAAGUGGAAAUCCGUGGUCAGUAGAACGCUGGACUGUGCCAAAUGGUCGAGUGGCGGCUGCCUGUUUUGGGCCCCAUCAAAUCCUGCUCUUCGCCUCGACCGAGGACCCAGCGACUCUCUUCUCCCUCUCCCUUCAAGACAAUGUCUUCAAUGUCAAGGGAGACAGUCCAGCUAAUGACCCUAAGGCUGCCAUUCCCUUGAUAGAUCUCACGAGAGUGUCCUUCACCGACGACGAGGCCGGGCUGACUGUUGGGGGGAGGGUCGUGGCGAUCGAGUGGGACCCUACUGGCCAAUACCUCGCACUUCUCUUCCAAGACAGCUCAGUCGUCGCAAUAUACCGAACAGAAAUUGGCACACUAUUUGGGCUGAAUGAGGUGAGGCCCAUGUGUCUGGUAAAGGGAUUUCCUGGUGAAAAUCCCAAUUGCUUGCAAUUCCACCAGAACAUUGACACAGAUCGAUUAAUCGCCUGUUUAACGAUCGCCUGGAGCAGUGGACGUGUCCAGCAGUUCCCAAUUGUUGGAGGCAAUAAAUCAGUGACUCCCAAGGGAGCUCCACGUCCCCUGAACACAAAUGUGUCGUCUCCUGGAUUCAACAACUACACAUUCCUAUGACCAACGACAUUGCAGUUGUGUAGUGGCAAAACGAGAUAAGUUACAUUCGACUAUUGACCAGCUUUUCAAGAUUACCUCCGAAUCGAGGAAAGAUAGGAAAAUUUUUACCGUAACCUUUUUCGUGGAGCAAAUCACGUACUAUAAAAAUGGUUCCAUAAAAAUUCUCCUGUCUCUCUUAGAUUCGGAGAUAUUCCUCAAUAACUUAUCUCGUUCUAUCCCUUCGAUGUUGAUUUACUUUGUGAAUUUGUUAGGUUAGGUAUGAUGAGGUUGAAUUUUGUAGCAUUUUAUAAGUUUAGAUGAUUAAAAAUUAUUUUCUACACUCGA